AUGUUUCUUCUGUAUCUUGGCUAUAUGCUGUUCCUUGUCCCAAUCCCAUCUGCUUCGCAGCCUCCAGCUGCACUGAAGCUUCUCCAAUUCCGUAACAGUCUGCCAGAAACCUCAAAGUCUCUCCUGCAAUGGAACCAAACCACCUCAUCUUCUGCUCACUGCAGCUGGCCUGGUGUUUCUUGCUACUCAAACGAAACUGAUUUUCGCGUGGAAAAACUGGAGCUAAACGGAUUCGGCCUCACUGGGGUUCUAGAGGAUUCGUAUUCGUUCCUGUGUGAGGUUCCUCAUCUCGUCCUUGUUGAUCUCAGUGGCAACAAUUUCAGUGGAAGCGUUCCUGCUGUGCUCGGAAACUGCAGUCAGCUCAUCGAUGUUAAUCUCAACAGCAAUGACCUGUCAGGCCCCAUUCCCCCUCAUGUUAUCAAACCAGGGAAGCUUCUAGCGCUCAACUUGGGCCACAACAAACUAUUCGGCAUGAUUCCACCUGAGGUGGGGCAAUGCAAGCGUCUUGAAUAUCUUUCAUUGGAGAAGAAUUCACUGAGCGGUCAAAUUCCAAGUGAACUCUUUUCUAUUCAGAGUCUGAGGUAUCUCUACUUGAGUUAG